AUGGCAGUUCCGUCGACCUUUUUAAUGGCCCCAUCGUCUCCGGUGGCUGUUCAAAGGUCACUCUGGCACUCACCGGUGCCCUACCUCUUCGGAGGUCUUGCUGCCAUGAUGGGUCUCAUUGCUUUUGCUCUCUUGAUCCUCGCCUGCUCCUACUGGAAGCUCUCCCGGAACAUACAGAACACCGCUGACCUUGAGUCCGGAGACGCUAAACCAGAUAACAACAAGACGCCGGCUGUUACUGUUUUUGAAGAAAAGUAUCUCGUUAUCAUGGCUGGACAAGUGAGACCCACGUUUCUGGCAACACCUAGUUCUAGCAGAGCGUCGUCGUUUGGUAGUAGUAGUUGCGGGAGCAGUUCAAUUACAACGUCUGAAGAGAACUCGUUGACUCCGGAGAAGGAAAAAGAUGGGAACAGUGAUCAGGUACAAGUAACGAUCACCGGGAGCCAUGAGUCCGCAGAUCAGGAGUCUUAA